AUGGUCGGAGUUCCGCGCAGCAGCGGCUGUCAGCUCUGCAGACAGAGAAGGGUCAAGUGCGACGAGGCCAGGCCAGAGUGCGGCAACUGUCGCAAGUACGGCACUGGGUGCCCGGGCUACGAGCGAGCCAUCAAGUUCGUGUCUGGCAAGCACACGAUCCGGAGCAAGGGUUCUCGACCGCUGCAAACCAGCAAUCAGAAGACCACUGGUGCUGCCUCGUCGGAAGCCUCGCCAUCCACCACCUCGACUCUGUCUGCCGCCGCCACGACGCCUGAAAGUAUUGGCGGCGGCGGCGGCACAAGUGGUACUACUGCUGCUGCUGCUGUCGUGGCCACGUCCCUAGUGGCGUCUCUUCAGCCCAAUCGAGCCCUCUUUAUUGGCACUCUGAUGGACAUGGCCCAGACUAGGCUGGCCUCCAAGGAUGUAUCUACGUUCUUGGGCUUCUUUGGACGCCUCAAGUUUGACGAGUUUGGCACGGCGGCGGCUCUGGAUGGUGCCAUUUGUUCGCUCUCUCUGCAUCUUAUGGGCAAGGAGCUGGCGGAUGACAGCCUCGUCGCCCGGAGCAGGACCGUGUAUGGAUGGUCCCUUGGUGCUCUCCAGGUGACAUUGAGACAUCCUACUAAGUGGAAGACGUCCGAAACCUUCUGCUCGGCCGUCUUACUAUGCUUCUUUGAGCUGUUUGCGGGCACAAGCUCACCAGAGACCUGGCUGCAGCAUGCUCAGGGAAUUGCCACACUGAUGGAGCAACGUGGUCCUGCAGCUCAUGCGCAGGGCAACGACGCAGCUAUACUGUUUUCUUUCCGAGGCAUCUUGCCAGAAUGGAGGAAGGUGAUUUAUGACGGCCCAGGGCAGUCGAUUUACGCCCCCGAAGCGCCAGGAUUUUCGAUGCAAGUAGUCAAUUCGUUUUUCGUGUGCCUGGCAGACAUGCCCGAGGUUAUGUGGUGGGGAUACCCGGUCCGCCAGGCUCUCCUGGCCGGCAGACGAGUGAGUCCCAAGCGCAUACAGCGCGUUGCCGAGGUGGCAGCCGCAAACCAUGAGCGGUUCGCCGCGUGGUACGAGGACUUCAAGAAGCUCGGCGUCGAGCUGAAGGAGGUGCCGUCCAAGGACCCCAGCUCGCCGUACCAGGUGGUGUUGGAGCAUCCCGUGGGAUGGCUUGGGUCCAUGCACAUGGGCUACUGGGCCAGCAUGCUGGUUCUGCAGGAGCUCCUGAUUCAAUGUGAGUGGCCCGUGGAUUAUCGGGACUCCCAAAAGGAACUGGUGCAAAACAUUCUUCGAUCCAUCGAGAGCGUGGGGAGCGGCAUCAUGGGGCCCUUCCGCCUGGGUUACUCGAUCAGAAUCGUGUAUGAGUUUGUGAGCGUUGAGACGCAGCGAUGGAUCAUUUCGCUGCUGGACAAGUUUUCCAAGAGAUAUGCGGCCACGGACAAGAACAGCUACCCGAGUCCACGUGUGGACGCGCAAGGGUAUUCAUGA